AUGGCAAGCAAAGCAGUCAUCGCGUUGCUAGUCACUGGUAUGCUCGCGACAGGUGUCGCGAAUACCCUCUUGACGAAAUACCAGGACAUGCAGUGCGUCCGCAACUGCGACGAUCCAAACCCUGCGAAACGCCAUGUAUUCGAGCAGCCAGUUAUGCAGACUCUCCAGAUGUUUAUCGGUGAGAUGGGCUGCUGGUUGAUCGUUGGUUGUUUCUCGCUCUCAAAGAUGUUUGUCGAGCACCGCCGUCAGCGCGCCGGGUAUGAGCCUGUCGCUGGAGGCGACGAACCCACCCACCAUGUCUCGCCCGCUGUUAAGCCGCUCGUGAAGAAUGCCGAUGGCCGUACCCCCAUCACUGGAUUGAAGGUCUUCCUCCUCGCCAUCCCGGCGUGCUGUGAUAUUGCCGGAACGACGCUCAUGAACGUUGGUUUCCUCUUUGUUGCCGCGUCAAUCUACCAAAUGACCCGUGGAGCCCUUGUUCUCUUUGUCGGUCUUUUCUCUGUCCUCUUCUUGAAGCGCCACCUCCGUCCCUUCCAGUGGUUCGCGUUGUUUGUCGUCGUUCUCGGUGUUGGAAUCGUCGGUCUUGCUGGAGCCCUAUUCAAGGAGAAGGAACUAGUCCCCAAACUCCACGACGAUGCCCUGGUUGAAGAAGACGCCUCCAGCGCUGCGCUCAGAACCAUCAUCGGUAUCCUCCUCAUCGCCGGUGCUCAGAUCUUCACCGCAACCCAGUUCGUAACCGAGGAAUGGAUUCUCGAGAACUAUGCCCUUGAGCCAUUGAAGGUUGUCGGCUGGGAGGGUAUUUUUGGCUUCAUUGUCACCGUCGUUGGAAUGGUUGUCCUCCAUAUUACCAUUGGUAGCCACCCCGAGGGCCAGUACGGAUACUUUGACGCCGUUGAGGGACUCCGCCAGAUCACCAGCUACCGCGCUGUUGCGUUUUCUUCCGUCGCGAUUAUGGUCUCGAUUGGUGGCUUCAACUUCUUCGGUAUCAGUGUUACAAGGAGCAUCAGCGCCACUGCCAGGAGUAUCAUCGAUACUUGCAGGACCUUGUUCAUCUGGAUCUUCAGCUUGGCACUCCAUUGGGAGACCUUCAAGCCCCUCCAAGUUCUUGGAUUCGCCUUGUUGGUCUACGGAACCUUCUUGUUCAAUGAGCUCGUCCGUCCCCCAAUGGCCGCCUGCCUCGGGAAGCGCAUCCUCACCCAGCACGACGGCACAAUCGACGAAGAGGGCCGCCAGGAGCUUCUCCCAGAGCACCCGGUUGAACAUAACUAG